AUCAGUGAUCUUUUGCCAUGCGUUGCGUUCUGGUGCUAAUCUUCGCCCUUCAAUUGCUCGCCUUGGCCUUAGUCCUGAGAGCUGAUAAAAACCAAACCGAGCUCGGUCAUGCCGUGGAACGUGUCUUUUCGCGUCGAAAGCGCUAUGUGCUCUUUCCGCCGGGCUCCAAUUUAAAGUUCACGGGCCAGCUAAGCAAGGGAUUGAUCUCAGCCUUUCCCAAGGGCGUGGCCAUGAACAUAGAGCAGGCCUGCUACUACCCGGUGCCCACCAAACGGGAGGAUGUCUACCCGAAGCGCUAUCGAGCCAGGACCACAACCACACAGAAACCAAAGACCACGGCGGCGCCCACGUAUGUCUGGAUACCGGGCACAAAUUGGAGAUUUAAGGCUACGCCUGUGAAGAAACCCACGCCCAUUAGGCUGCACUCGCGCAUCGAUGUGCGGCCCCCCACGCCAUCCUAUGUGGAUCCCGCCAAAUGGGCACAUUGGUCAAAGUACGGACAACAAUAUGAGAACUGGUCGCCGGCUGCAGCACACAAAUAUGAAAAGUACAGCCAGCCCCAGUCCCAGCCACAGCCACAGCCACAGAGCUGGAGCAAAUGGACAACGGAGUCGCCGCAGUGGUCGAAACGUUGGCACCGAUCGCCACAUGGGGAGCAUUACGAUCCCGAGGUGACGCCCUAUGAGCAGUCUGAGCACUUUGUAGAUCCAUACGAUCCGGAUAUGGCACCGCACCAGCCGCCACACUAUGCGGAGCUGGCACACGUGGACGAUUGGCGGCAUUACAAUGGACAUCGCGAUCGUCGGCAAUUGUUUGAGCAUUUCGAUGGGUUCCAAAAGCUUCUAGGAAUCGACACGAAGGCCUGUGUCCUGCGUGCCAUUUGUGAUAGCAAGCGUUUGCUCUUGCCCCAAGGCUAUUCCAUGAUACAGGAUAUUGUGCGUCUGAUAUUCACCUUACCCACCAUAUCGGGCUUAGAGGAUGACUAUAGCCGUACUAUGCGCAUGCAGCCGGACGAUUGUGAUCGCCAGUUCCGUGACUCGUGUAAGUUCAAUAUUCUGGCAUGGCUGCUGGGCGCUAAAUGGCAUUGAAUAAACACACAUUUUGGGGCAUCAGAAA